GAGCGGACGGAAUGCCGCCGCAGCAGCCGCAGCCGCCGCGGCACGGCAGCGCGGUAGCCUCGGUGACGCUGACGUCACCGCAUCUGCCGCCGAACGGAAGACGGAGCCUCCCCGUCCGCGCCGCAGUAACCGCGAAGCGGGAGGGAGACGUAGAAAAACGCGGUUCGUUGGCCGCCAUCUUGCACGCGCGCCUGGCUGCUGUUCUUCGUCGUUUGAGCCGAGUCGCAGAGGCCAACUGCUUCGGCCAUCAGCAUUGCAGUGUGUAACCGCGGCCACGCCACCUAAGGUCAGCGUUGUAGGCUGUGGCUCGCAGCUGUUAACUCUCAGCUAAAUUUGUGAGGGACGAAGAGAAAUCGCGCCUGCCAGACCCAGCUCGAACGCGCCGCCCUCCUGCCCUGGCGCGCCGCCCUCCCGUUUGUUCCCGUGGGGCACAGGCCGUCGACGUGGUAUUGUUUACAGUCGCGGGAGAACGGUUUGAAUUUGAAAGCGCGCAAUAGACAGUGUUUGGCGUUAUCACGCCGCUGUUUAAUGUUGCGUCAGUACUUCGUGAUACAUCCGCUCCGUGGAUGGUUUUCUUGUGGGCUUGUUCGGUUUUGUGACUUGUGGUUGUAUUCGGCACUAACUCGGCCUUCAUGUUGAUGGAGGAGUUCUCCUGGGACCGCUUCCUGGAGCUAGUGCAGCAGCGCCCGUACCUAUAUGACACCAAUCAACCAGAGUACAAGGACUCGACCCUCAAGGACCGUCAGUGGGUGAAAAUAGGACAGCAGUUCGGACUAACAGGAUGGCAGGCGAAGAACAAGUGGAGGAACGCACGCGACCGCUACAUCAAGAUACGCGUCCAGAUGAAGCGCAGUGGUCGCAGGGUGUACGACAAAAUGGGCAUUCCCAUUCCGAACACUAAGUGGCAGUACUACAAGACGCUGGAUCGGAUGCUCAGGGACGCCAAGCAGCACGGCCCGCUAUGCCAAAUGGACCCAAUGAUCAAGCCAAAGACAGAACCGACUGAAUACUUCUUUGAGUGCACGGACACGCAAGAGGCUCCAGUCGACGCAGAGACUUCUCAAGAUGGCGACCCAAGCCUUGCAAUUGAGACGGUGCCUGCUGGGAUGACACUAGAAAACAGCCAUGACGCAGACACUGUCGAUGUGCACCGGAUGGAUCAUCCCUCUUCUCCAGAACCCGGUGGCGCUUCAAAUCGGAGGGGGCGGCGACGAGACGUCGACGAUGAUGACGACGACAGCACGUUGCGCGGCGUUGAAGAAGCAUCGCUGCAGAAAAGCCUGGACGCCUGCAUCGGCCAUCUGGUGGCCAUGAACCGGUCGUCCUCGUCGGCACGGUCGCGACCGGAGGCUACCGGGGACGAAUGCCACUACCACGGCAUGUCGAUCGCGGCCCGGUUGCGUCGCCUCGACGACGUCGCGCUGCCGCAGGUACUGCACCGCAUCAGCGCCAUCUUGGUGGAACAUGGCGUGUGACCAGUGAAAAGCUGUCUGGCGAACACAGUGUUUGGUUGCGUUUGCAUGUGCCAAAGGCACAGCAGGGUGCGACCAGAGAUGGCGUCAGCGUCGCAAGUGGCAUGCCUGUGUGGAACCAUGAUGGAUGUGCCCUGGAGUGUUUGUUGUGUUCUAAAAUGUCUCUCGCUGCAUUCGUGCUAUCGUGAAGCAAUGAAGUGGACCAGAAACGUGUAUUUCAUGAUGCCGGAAACAUCAGUAAAUAUGACUAGUUUUUAUUGUUUCUGGUUCAUGCGCGAACACUGGUUGAUGCGUGCAAUGAUUGUCUGUGGUGUUGCUUGAAGGCGAAAGCCGAUCCCCAGAACUACUCAGAAAUGCUGUAACGUACAAAACAAACCUACGUCUCGCUCUUUUCUAGAUGGUGGCUCCAUAUGUUAGACAACAUCAUAACGCUAACUUGAGUUGGCUGAAAUUGUAUGGAAGUCGUGUUUCUUUUUGUAUUUGCAUGCGUUUAACCUUUACAUAAACAAAUGCACCUUCGCUGCUGUUCUUAAUCAGAAAAUGUAAUCAACCUGUCAGAUCGCAACAUGUAUAGUGCUUGUCUGAGUAUGCACACGGGACAUGUUACUUGAAUUGACUUUCUGAUGACAUUUGUGACAGCGGGCUGAAUAAAGACUGUGCCAAAGUA